UAAGUGCGAAACAAAGAACCACGCAUCAGUUACGUGCGUAUACAUAAAUUAUACAGAUGACCCACGUAUACAUGCACGCGUGUAAAAAUCGCGCGAAAAAGGUUAUUGCGUCAUCUGCCAUAAAAAAUUAUUUUAAUCGUCGUUCAAUUUUUUAAUACUUUUAAACGUGCUUUUAUAUUCGGUCUUAUUAAAGUGCGUUUAUUGACAUCUUUAUAAUACUAUAUACAUAUAUUUGAGAUUGUUGGAAAUUUAAUUCAACUUGUUAAGGCAAUAAUUUUUAAUUCAAUCAAUUAACUCAUAAAAAUGUCAUCAGAACAUGAUGGCGAACCUCGCAAGAAAAAAUAUAAAAAUUGGUUACAGCAUGAUACUGUGUCGGUACCGCUGAGAACGAUUCAACGAUGGCAGUCAAAUAAUAAUGCAGAAUAUGCUAUUUCUAUUGCUAAUCAUGAUAAUAGUAAACCAACGGCAAGCGGUUCUUCCAUUAAUUUCCAAGAAUGCAGUUAUGCUAAUGAUGUUGAAAAUCUUGAUUCUGAUGACGUAACCGUAUCAAGUACUUUAACUUCAGAGGAUAAUGGAAGUGAGGCUUUUGAUAUUGAGAGCAAUCAUGUAGACAACACAAGCAGUAGUGAUAGUCUUGAAAACGAGAGUGAUCCUAACGACUUCAAUUAUAGACAAGAUAAUAGCGAUAAUGAUCAUGAGCCUAGAUGGCAAAAUAAUACGAUAGAUAUAUUAUUGUAUGAAAAUAGUCAAAUGACUAUCGAUGAAAGUCUUUUAACUCUCUUAGAAUUAUACGUAGAACAUAAAUGGACUAAAGCUAGUUUGAAAGGCACUUUAGAAAUGUUGCAUAAAAUGCUAUCUGAUGAUAACAAUUUACCAAAAACCGUUUUCAAAUUGUUCCAAUGUAUUGAAAAUUUGGCACUAUCGCUUAACGUUAUUAAACACUUCUAUUGUAAAAAAUGUUUAAGUUACUGUAGUGGUGAUACAAGAAUACAUGAAUGUUUUUCGUGCAAUGCAAACGUAAAAAGUAUUUCUUGCUUUUUCGAAAUUGACAUCUGUAAACAGAUAAAAUAUCUAUUCGAAAAACGAAAUAUUGCUGACAAAUUAAAAGCGCUAUCGUCAAGUUCUGACAAUGGUCAAAUUAAUGAUAUUACGGAUGGUUCAGAAUAUGUUCGAGUUAAUUCUAGAGAAGAUAAACAAAAGUACGAUUUAACAUUGAUGCUAAAUACAGAUAGUCUGUCAUUAGUCAAAAGUGCAAAAAGUCAUUGUUGGCCGCUAAUGUUUAUUAUUUCGGAACUUCCCGAACAUUUAAGGGAAUCGUUUCUCAUUACUAUAGGAUUGUGGUACGAUGAUUUGUGUAAACCAUUAAUGAACACUUUUUUAAAACCAUUUUGUGCAAAAUUAGAACGAUGUUUUCAAGAUGGUAUCAGUUGGGUCCAUCCACGAACAAGAGAAACGUUCAUUACAAGAGUUGUAGCUCCUUUGAUAAUAGCCGAUGCACCAGCAAGAGCCCAACUGCAAAAUAUUUCGAAUUUUAAUGGCCGAUAUGGCUGUAAUAUUUGUGAAAUAAAAAUGAAACGAGCCAAAAAUAUCAAAGGCAAAAAAACUGUCGUAUCUAUCCUUUUCAUGAUCAAGAUAAAAAGCUAAGAACUGGCCAGAGAAUGCAAGCUCAAGCUCAAAAAGUACUCCAAACAGGUGACGUUUAUGUUAAAGGGGUAAAACGACAUUCUAUUAUUUCAAAUCUUCCUCUUCUUGAUUUAGGAACGUGCUUGUUACCUGAAUAUAUGCACUCUGUUUUAUUAGGAGUAGGAAAGCAAUUCGCACAAUUAUGGUUUACAAAAAAAAAAUGAACCUUGGAGUCUAAAAAAAUAUAUCAAAGAUGUUGACAGUUUUUGUUAAAUAUUCGACCACCACAUUUUUUCAAUCGGAUGCCACAGCUUAUAACAGAUUGUAAGUUUUAUAAAGCAUCAGAAUAUUAUAAUCUAAUUCUUUUUUACUCACUGCCAGCAAUAGUAAAUCAUUGGGCAGACGAAUAUUUACAACACUGGAUUCUUUUUGUUAAGGGAUUGUUUAUUUUGCUCCAAGACAAUAUUAAAACAUGCGAGCUUAAGAAUGCAAAAGUUUUACUAAAACUAUUCGUUAAACAAAUUGAAAGUUUAUACGGUGAUCGUCAGUUAACAUAUAACGUCCAUCAGCUUUUGCAUCUGCCAUUUGUAGUUGAACGAUGGGGUCCUCUAUGGGCUACCUCAGUUUUUUCUUUCGAAAAUUUCAAUGGAUUUCUUGCAAACUGUGUUCGUGGCACAAAACAUUUUGGUCAAGAAAUUAUUAACAAUUUAAGGAUCGCUCAACGUGUACAAAUACUGAGAAAUCGAGUUAAUGAUAAUGCUACCAAAUUAUCCAAGGAUAAAAAACCAUCGUUACUUGGUAAAAGUAUGACUGAUGUCAAGUUUAACGAUUCCGAGGCAGAAUUAUUAAUUUCUAACAAUGUGAAUUCGCGUAGCUUAGUCAUUUAUGUUCAAGCGAGAAUAGAAAACGAAAUUUACACAUCAACGAUGUACAAAACUACCAAAAUAAAUAGUUAUACGGUACAACUGAAUUUAAUAGAUAACAGUAUUAUAUAUGGAGCUAUAAGAUUUUUUUUUAGAUGGAAAAUAACUCAUUAUGUUUCGUAAUGAACUGUUUUAGUAUUGAGCAGAGCAUUGUAAAAUGUUUUAUCAUCCGGAGGAACGGGUAAAAAUAGAUCAUAUUAUACCUAUUACAGAAAACAAUAAUUCAUUGCUUUUGAUAAAAAUGAAUUUGGUAAGAUCUAUGCAUCACGUUAUAAGAGUUGGUGACUAUAUUUGUAAACGACCAAAUCGUUUUAAAAAAAAUGUAUAGAUAUCAUCAAUCACAAUUUGUAUACAUACAGGGUGUUAGAAAAGUCUGGAAACGGUCAAAUAUCUCGUAAACAAUGCAUUUUAGAAAAAAAUGUUUCAGACAAAAGUUGUAUGGUUUCAAGGGGGACAUAAGGUGGUGUCAUUAAUUUGACCUUAAAUAGUUGCUUGAAGGUCACGUAAAGGUUAC